UCUACCUUGCACGUCUCCCCUCCGAGGAGCCAAUUUCAAAACCCGAUUGUCGUUUCCGCCAAGUUAAAUCUAAACCUUCUAAAAGCUCGCUUCAGAAGAACGCAAAAAUAUAAAAAUAAAGAACAAUGGUUGGGGAAAAUCUUAAAUCGGAGACACUGAAGCUCAUGGAUAAAAGGAGUGGAGUAGAGGCUGAAAUGAACGCCAUAAUUGAGCAGCUUUCUCAACCUGGGGGUCCUGGUCUCUCCGGCAACCUCGUCGAUUCCGAAGGUUUUUGUACUUUCCAGGGGUUUCCUCGUGCUGAUAUUGACAUCCCAUGUGUCCUAGCACAACGACAUCGUCUUGCUGAAUUGAAAAACGAUCAUGGGGAAAUUACAGAGAAAAUAAACGUUAAUAUUCAACUUUUGCAUUCUGCAAAACUUACUUCAACCCCUAAAGGUUCAGGUGUUGAAAUGAAUCAAAUUGCAUCAGUUGCCAGUUCUGGUGCAUUGGCGGCCUUGCAAAACAUUACUUUGAGAGAUUCACGGGGUGCCAAUGAUAUGGAUUUGAUUUCUGGUAUGCCCUUUGCAAUUGUUGAUGAAAUAGCUGAUGCAUCUCCGGCAGCUGAAGAUGGUUUACAACUUGGAGACCAGAUUGUUAAAUUUGGUAAUGUGAAAGCUGGUGAUAAUUUGCUACAACAACUUGCUUCUGAAGCUCAGGUUAAUCAGGGUCUUCCCUUACCUGUCACAGUCAUGAGACAAGGAGCAUUGUUUAAUCUGUCAGUGACUCCUAGAACAUGGCAAGGCAGGGGCUUGCUAGGAUGUCAUUUUCGUAUCAUGUGAUUUUUUGCUUCAUCAAUGGAACAGAAUAAAGCAAUCUGGCUGCCUUCAUUUUACCUGUUUUAAGACAGUACUCAGAUCUCAGAUAGGGAUAUUAACAUUGACCUUUUCUGUCUAAAUAGAUUCUCGAGGAUAUAUAAAAUAUUUUGCUUUUGAAUGAAUCCAA